GCUUUUUGUAGUUACAAUAUUCUUAGUUGUGUUUUGGAUCUAAUAGUUCUUUCUUGGGGGUAACAGUAGGCGUGUAAGAUGGAAUGAGGAAAAUCUGGGGGAAAUUGAAGCGAAUAAACCAGUAAGACAGAAAAUAACAGAACCCAAGACGUCGUACCACCCCAUGAUUGACGAUGAUGAUGUUGGAUCUUUGUCUCCCAGAGGACGUAGUUUCAAUGAUUGUGUCAGUGAUAUGGAUGCUGAGGAAUUACGCUCUGCUUUGAAAGAUGUGGCUUCCUCGAGUAGAAAAACAACAGGGCAAUCUAGUGGUUGGUCAUCUUCUGACGAUGAGGCUGAUCCUAUGGAUCAUGAAGAUGAAGAUCGAAAUGGUAGGAGUUUCAAGGAGCAAAGAAAAGCACGCUAUGAUGAGUAUUUGAAAAUCAAGGAAUUGAGAUGUACUAUAGUUGUUUUAAAAAUGAUGUAA